AUGAUUAUGACUAUAAAUAUGUAUAACAUUUCAGGAGAUACAAAUCGUGAUAUUUCAUGCACAGAUUCAUUAAUAUGUAGUGAACAUCAUCGUUUAUUGUGGUUUCGAAUGCGUUUUAUGAGUGAUGGACAGAGUGACCGAUGGCCUAUACGAUGUUUAUGGAAUGGAAAUGCUAUUAAUGGUACAUGUGCACCCGGACCACCGAGCAAUCAACCAGUUUUUUAUAUUAAAUCCAAUGAAUGGCAACAAAAAGUGAAGGAAUUUCGCAUUAAAAUUGGUUGUAAUAGUUCGGAUAUAGAAAAUGCAAAUAAAUUGGAUGAAUUGUAUGUAUGCAAGGAACGUUGUAUUCAAGCUGGAAUUGGUUAUAUUUCAUCGAUAUUCAUUAUGACAACAUUGUUUAUCUCUUUCACACUGUUGCUGAUGAAGUGA